AUGUAUGGUUAUGGUUAUGCAUACCUGUAUCAAGAUGCAUGUUCACAACAACAACUCCAGAAAUCGAUUGGUGGCAUGUAUCAAACUCCUGAUGUUUUAAGACCAGGUACAACAAUAACCCUUGAUGGUCGAUGGAUGAGUGUUGGUACUAUCGGUAUACCCAGGUAAAAUGGCCCUUUCUUGUUUUUGCGAUAACUCCAUCAGUUUUUGUGCAAUCUGCUCAAAC